ACUAUGUCCCAUCAGGAAUAUUGACCCUAGUGAUAAGCUGUGCAGCAGAUUAAAUGGAAAGGUUAGACUUUUCUUGUAGCAGUGUUUCUUUAGAGCAUCUUCCACUGCGCUUUACUGUAUCAUUCAAAAAUACACAUUUUCCUAGUUUGUGUACAUUUCUCUGUAGAGCUAAAGCUUGGUCUUUGAUGGAAUCCUAUACUGUCCCUAUGACAUCAGACUCUUUCUUUAUGCAUUAUGCUGGUGUCUAAUGUCAAAUGGGGUUUCAUUCCUUGACUUACUGGGAAGGGUGUAGGUGCUUACAAGAGCAACUGCAGUAACUAAUAGGAAGCAGUUUUAAUUUCUCACAGUAGACUUCUUCCAGUUCAUUUUCAUUACGACUGAAAGAGUAGCAGGAGCAACUGCAAGAGUUUCCAACACAACUUAGCAUGUAUUGUUUAGAAAAUAUUGAUGCUUUACUUUCUCUCUAAAAGCCAGGGUUAAUUUCCUGUUGUUCAGUUUAGAUUUCUCUCACUUUUAAAAGUCAGGCUCAGGUGACAACUUACUUGUAAAAGUGCAAGGAUCAGGACAAUAAAUGAAAGCAAAGUUUUUGAACAAACAGGAGAAAUUAAUUUUGAGCUGCUUAUAUAGGAAAAAUCUUGCAUCACUUUCCUUUCUCUCACUUUUCCAUUUCUGUGUCACCAAUUUCUUUGUCUGCCUUAACAGAGAGACUUAAUAAAAAAGCUUUUCUUUAGAUGAACUCCCCUUGUUUUGUCUGGUGGGCUGAUUGGUGUUAUUAAGAAUGGUGAAACUAAGCCAGUCACAUGUAACUACUAAGUAUAUGUGUAGCUUUGGUCAGAUCUAGGAUGUUUUGGUGAGUUUUAUUAGUAUGUACAGUUAAUCUACCUUCCUCUUGCUACUAGCCAGGAGUUUCAUAACCACCUACAUGUUAAAGUAAUUAUUCCAAAAAUGUCCUUUUCUGACUUAUAGUAGGGACUAUGAUUUACAGGUCAUUGUACACAAACAACCUUUGCAAAGGGUUGGAAAAGACUGAGAAAUAUCAGAAAAUGGCUUUUUCAAAUGCUCCAUAUUUUCAAAUGGCUGCUCUCACCUUCAUGCAUGAUCUUAUAGACUUCAGUUCAGUUUUGUGUUUUGUAGCUUAUACUGGGCAAGACUGCAUCAGAUGAUGUUGUCUUAGGAAGCUGGGAUACUGUGAGGGAAUUUCUACUGCAAUAGAAUAAAUGAGAUAAAAGCAGAGAAUAUAUUUGAGGAGAGUUCUUUACUGGCAGUGAGUUCCAUAAACUCACAACAAAAGGGUUAUAUGUAAGAUGCUGUCUUUGAGGAGUUAGAAUUUCUGUGUUUCUGGUGUUGGUCUGUCCCAGCUUUCUAGCCUUGCUGUGGUGACUUUCAUAGCGCCCUACUGUGUGCAUGUCUGUAUGUGUAUCUGUGUAUGUCUGUUUCCCUGCCUCCCUUCUGUUUAGCGGGUGAUCAGAGGCCGCAGCCAGAGCCUGGAUACCAUGGGGAUAUCUAUGAGAAAGCAGCAGCCAGCCACCAUGCCCAGCCGCCCAACGACAGCUGGCCUUGCUCUGAGCCAGAGUGUUGCCGAGGGCCCUAAGGCCAUUGCUGCGUCUUUUGCCUUGCCUGGUAGGAGCCCAUCACGUACUCGAACCAGCCGUUUCCAUGGGCGACGGAGUAGUGCCAUUGGCAUUGAGAACAUACAGGAGGAAAAGAGCAGGGACAUUGCAGAGAGGAUACAGAAGGUGGUAGACAGUCCAGAAACUUUGCUUGACCUGAAAUCUGAUGGAUCAUCCAGUCCCAGCUCCCCAGAGAUCCCCAGCAGGAAGAGCAAGUAGCCUUCUGAAUAAUCCUUUCUCCCAAGGACAUGGUGAAAGAAUGAACCCAGCCUAAGUAACAAGGUAGCAAACUCCCCAGGAUUGGGACUCUUUCCAAGUUUCAUCUGAAAAUGAAGCACUGUACUGUGUAUGUCCAAAUCCUAGGAAAAGUACACAGGUUUUGUGUGCAUGUGUUUUCCCUCCUCAGACACAUCUGAGUGGGGACAUCAAGCCAAUCAGGAGUGGACCGGAUGCUACUAAUUGUUUACCUCACUGAAGAUACUGGCAAGACUUUUUGGGUGAAAUGAGAGAACUGGCUAAGAGGAGCAUGAACUUAGAGGACCUCAAGGACUGUGGAGAGUCCAAGUGACACCACAUAAUGCUCCACUGGCAGUCCCUGGAGCAGGAAUCAUGGAGAGGAAGAAGGACAGAGAGAUUAUUUUGGAGCAUUUUGAUUCUAGGCUCUUCCCAUUGUCCAAUCAGCAAUUACUGAGCCAGACUCUACAAAUACUGGGGGAAAGGAGGCUACCUUGAGCACCUCCUCUUCCCUUAGACUUAUUCAGAAAGAGAAUUAAGUCAAAAGCAGAAGAACACAUUUCCACCUCUGUCUCUAGUAAGCACUAGAGAUGGAUGACAUGGUUUAGGAAAUGCAAUGCAAAGAAAGAGGAUGAAGAAAUCUGCUGAAGAAGGGUACUAAGGUGAUACUUAGUGGAAAUUUAGGUCCCAGCUCAUUUUAUUGAUUGGCUCUGCCAAGGGAGAAGUAUGUUAGCCUUCAUUUCCUCCAAAAUAUAUUUUGUAACCUCAUGAGGAAAUAUCUUCGGGCCUAUAUUGGCCUUGCCUUUACUGCUCUCCCUAUUGCAUGCUGGCAUGUAAUAUGCCUGGGGCUUUAGGUUUCAAUACUGCUUGUAGGUCGAGACCGGCCAUGUUUUGCAGUGUUUCUGAAUGAAUAAAUAUAUUUAAUAUA